GAAGAUGAAGUUGAACUACCAUACAUCAUGAAGAAGGCAAAGACAAAGAGUAGUAAGAAAAAGAUGAAGGAAAGAGUAUAUUUUGACCCUUCAAUUCCCAAUUCACAUUUACUCUUGUGCAAGAGCUUGUGUUUUGAUUCUGUUUACCAGUUCAGAGAAGCAUUAAGAGAUUUUCAUAUAAGGACUUUGAGGUCUUUUCACUACCACAGGAACACUCCAACAAGAAUUAUUGUUUGGUGUUCACAGAGAGAGCAUGGAUGUGAAUUUUACAUCUGUGCCUCCAGGAUAGCUCAUGAAAGAACAUUUUGCAUUAAGAAGUGUAACAUGGAGCACACUUGUCCAGCAUCAGCAGAGAACACAAAAGUUACUACUAAGUGGCUUUCCAAAGAAGUUGAGCCAUCUCUUAGAGCAGAUCCUAGAGCACCUGUGGAUUCACUUAUUAAAAACAGCAAAGUCAAGUUUUCAGUUGAUGUAUCAAAGAGUGUGGCCUAUAGGGCAAGGAGGAAGGCUAUGAAGGUUGUACAAGGUGACCAGAAGGAGCAGUACUAUAGACUGAGGGACUACCUACAAGCAGUUCUUGACACAAACCCUGGUAGCAGGUGUGUAGUUACAACAUUUGAGGACCCAGAAAACCCUGCCCCAACACCUAGAUUUAAGUACAUGUUCUACUGCUUGCAUGCAUCAAAGCAAGGAUUUCUUAAUGGUUGCAGGCCCUUUAUAGGGCUUGAUGGUUGCUUCAUCAAGCUAACCACUGGACAGCAAAUACUUGCAGCCACAGGAAGAGAUGGCAAUAACAACAUCUACCCCAUAGCCUUUGGUGUGGUUGAUAAGGAAGAUUCAGAUAGUUGGACAUGGUUCCUAACCCAGCUAAGAUGUUGCAUUGGAAGUGGUAGCAAAUUUGGAACCUACACCAUUAUUUCUGACAGGCAAAAGGUAUGCACCCUAUCUUAGCCACUAGUUCAGAUAUAUAUUGUUAUUAGUAGCUUUAUUUCCUUUUGUUCAUGACCAUGGUUAUAAAUUUACAAUCAGGGUCUUCUUAAGGCUAUAAAUGAGG